AUGGCACAACCGUUCCCAGUUGAGAAGUCGGUCCUCGAUCUCGGUGCGCCAAACUUCCAAGAAAAUCGAUCUCAAUGGCAGAAAGUACUUGCAGAAUUCGACCACAACCUUCGGCAAGUCUCUUCUGAGGGCGAUGAUGUGUCGACAGCUAGACAUCAAGGACGAGGGCAAUUGUUACCGCGAGAUAGAAUCAACUUGUUACUGGAUGCAGAGUCGCCAUUUUUGGAGUUAGGGGCCUUUGCUGGGUUUCGUAAUGCGGACUCGAAUUCUUGCGGCAACCUCAUUGCUGGCAUUGGUCUUGUCAGUGGACGGCCAUGCCUCGUCAUGUCUCAUAUCCCAACCCAGAGCGGUGGAGCUUGGAACGAGAUGACAGUGCAUAAAGUGAACAGAAUCUUGGAAGUCGGCUUUGAGAAUGAUCUUCCGUUAAUUUCUCUGGUGCAAUCGGCGGGCGUCUUUCUGCCACAGCAGUUUAGGGUAUUUCACAAAGGCGGACAACUUUUCCGCGAUCUGGCCAUCCGCUCUAAGCAUGGGAAGCCAUCCUGCGCUGUGGUUUUCGGCCCCUCAACUGCCGGUGGAGCAUAUCACCCGGCUCUCUCGGACUACACCAUCUUCGUUGAGAACCAAGCACAGGUAUUUCUGGGAGGUCCACCCCUUGUUAAGAUGGCGACAUCAGAAACCGUGACUGCCGAGGAGCUCGGCGGGGCCAAGGUUCAUGGAACAGUGACUGGCCUGGCGGACCAUACGGCACUUGAUGAAUUUGAUGCCAUUCAGAAGGCGCGAGAAUGGGUUGCCACACUUAACCAAGUAGACCCUAGCCACCAUCGAGGCAUGCAUGAAGAGCCACUGCCUCCUCGAUAUCCAGUUGGAGACCUCCUAUCGAUCGUGAACACCGACAUUCGCAAACCCUUCGACAUGAGAGAGGUUUUGUUGCGCAUUGUUGAUGACUCGAGGCUUUCAAUUUUCAAACCAGGCUAUGGUGUCAACAUGCUCACUGCCUGGGCUGAUAUUCUCGGUUUCCGGGUUGGUAUUGUCGCGAAUCAGACGCCUGUGAUUCACCCACAAGAGGCUCUGAAAGCAGCCCAAUUCAUCAGACUGUGCAACCAGGGGAUUAUUCCGAUUGUGUUUCUCCACAACGUAACCGGGUUUAUGGUUGGCACGAAAGCAGAACAUGCCGGAAUCAUCAAGGCAGGUGCGCAGCUCGUAUCAGCUGUGAGUUGUUCUUCGGUUCCACACAUCAGCAUCAUUCUCGGAGCGUCCUAUGGUGCCGGUAACUACGCCAUGUGCGGAAGAUCCUAUCGACCGAGAUUUCUCUUCACGUGGCCAACAGGGCGUUGCAGUGUAAUGGGUCCAGACCAGCUCGCAGGCGUGAUGGAGACCAUCAAGUCCAAGUCCAACGGAGGCAGUAAGCUUUCGACAGAGCAGAUCAAGGCUCAAGCACAGAAGGUGAGGGAUGAUGCGUAUCGAGACUCGGAGUGUUAUUCGACUAGCUCCAUUCUCGUGGAUGACGGAGUUAUAGAUCCGAGGGACACUCGCGAUGUGCUAGGGAUGUGCUUGGAAGUGGUAAAGCUGCCGAACAAGAAGGACACCCAGUCACAUAGGUUUUUGUCCAGGAUUUAG